CCACCACCACGUAUCGCAUACAACAAUUUGACUGAGUAGUGUGUGGCCAGGUAAUUCUCCCCUUCCCUUUCGGUCCGGCUACGCAGACUAACCCUUCACCAGGAUUGCGGCGUGCCCCCGUUCCAGCGAAACAUGCCCGCGCUCAGAGCCACCCGCCAGUCGAAUCGCACCUCGCGAACCUCCAGUCCCUAUGUCCAUUCCCCGAAUGAACCGUCGACCCAGACGACCACCAAAGAGUCGAAUCGCGUGGAUCCCGAUGUGUGGGACGAGCCUCCCCUGAAGGAUCCGGCCCCGAGUUUCGAAGAGCAUGGAUUUGAUCGCGUCGGAGUGCUCGAGACCAUGGCGCCGCUGGGGUCAUUGCCGAGUCUCAAGUUGAAGGGGAAAACGAAGGACUCCAUCCGACGAUCGACCUUGUCGCGGUCGGCGCUCGGGAACCAGUCCGAGGACGCGUUGGACAGUGCGAAGACCACGCCUUCCAUUCCGCCGAGUCGAUCACAAUCACACAUGCCGGAAGGGCAACCCAGUCGCGACGUUUCGGAGCCGAGAGAUGAAGAGGAGGAUGAAGAAUAUGUUCCGAAUGGGCAUGGUCCGGUGACGCGACAUUCUAAGCCGCCUACGAAACUGAACAUCUCCUUUGCCGCGCUCAACCAAAACCCACCACCGGUAACUCCUAGCCGUCGAAGGUCGAAAGGAAGAGAUCGCCUUCUUAAGGAGUCGGUGACGGAAGCGAUCAAAGUCGCGGAACAGAACGGUCAAAUUUUGAUCGCCAUCACGCUGCAGACGUUGCUUGAUAACCGGACGCGGGAAGUUGCAGUCGAUGAUUUAAUCCACGACAUCCUGCAUCAGCGGAAGAUGACGGCAUCUCAGGUUGAGCUCAUGCGACGAUUUUUUGCACUGUCAACGAAGCGCAUGAAUUCAACACGAAGCCGAGACCGUGGUUAUAUCAAGGCUAUCACCUCGAUCGGCGCCGCCGAGAACCGCCAACACACCCAAUUUUCACCUCAUCCAUCCCAUCUACCAUUUCACAACAAUCUCCCAACAAACACCCCCGAUUCGCAACCUUCUCAUUCCAUCAAAUCCUCGCCCGUUCACCCCUCGUUAGAUGCAUCAAGUCAACCCGGUAGCAAGCGGAGGUCACCACGGAAGGUCAUGACAACCAACGGAACGGGAAAAUCUACGACCAACGAUCAAUCUCAAGCCGACCAAGGGCGAGAACGGGCAAGAAGUGUCUCGUCGACUUCGUCUCUCAGUUCUGUUGACGAGGCCAUCGUCGAGGAAGGCUCACCCAGCACCGUCGCAUUGAAGAACCUCAUCGGUAACAGCCCCCGUACCUCCAACCGCCCAAACGGCCCAUUCCGAGAUCUGAAUCGAACCAUGGCGACAUUUUUUGGCGGCCAGCACAACAAAAAGCGAUCCCACGACGCGAUGGCGGGUCCGAUGGAUGCCGAGGCUGAGCAGUUGCUCCGCAAGAAAUUCAUGCGAGCAUUCCCUGACUAUCACGUCGAUUCCAGCGAGAUCCGCUCCAGCGUGCAGCGGGCUAAGGAAGCCGAGGAGCGGGCACCAGCCCCCGUUGAGCCCUCGCGAACCACCCGACAGUCUCUUGCUGGCCCUCUCCUGCCUCCACGGACGGCGCAUGCUCUGCAGUAUCCGUUUGCAGGCCGCUCCCGAGAAGCAUCACCACGAGAAGGCAACAAAUUGAAAACGGCUGCAGCACGUGUUAAGACAUCGUAAGUGCCAUUUCCCUAAGAUCAGUCUGUUCUUCUAUUCACAUUUUCGUGUUUGUUUCACAUUAAAAAAGCACACGUGGACGGUCGGACAUCCAUUACGCGUUCUACCUUGGGAGAUCCGGAGCAUGUUCAAGGCGACAAAGUUCUCACUGGG